CCCCACAAGUGUUUCGACAAGGUCCCAGAAGCAACAUAGCACUUUGCCCCGAAUCAGCAUAAAAAUACCACCCGACCAAGCCCCCCGGGCAGGGAUGAGGCUUCCACGGUUGAUUAAUGCUAACCAACUUUUUUUUCCAUGAGGGAUGCCCAGAGAGCAAACUGUUGCCCGAGAAAGCAUCCACAGGGUUCGGACAACGCAAACGGCCUGUCAAUACGAACAAAUGUCAAACGGCCAUGCCGGCAAUUGCGGAUUCUGCGUGUAUUGGGAUCAGGGGCCAUGAUUAAAGUAUAAUCAUCGGACCGGGACCCAGAACGUCAGUCUCAGCAAGUAUAUAACGAGGCCCGGUUCCAUCCCAAGUGUGCAAAUCGUUUCUUUUGGACACCACCGCCUGUUGGUCCCGACAUUCCUUUCACAUCCAAUUUCUGAUCAACACAAUCUUUUUUGCUUGAGAAAUUAAUUAAUCUAAUAAUUAAGGACUCCAGCAAACAUGUCACUCGUUAACCUCUCCAGGUCGGCGCUGGCCCUCCUCCUCGCCGCCAGCAACUUUGCCGGCGUCAAUGCCUUCCCCGCCGCCUCCGACGUGGCGGCGGCGGCCACUCAGGGGCCCGCCGGCAAGGUGUCGACGGGCUACUUUGCCGGCUACCACGCCAAGCGCAAGGGCGUGACGUUCGGCGUGGACCAGAUCCCGUGGGACAAGUACGACGACGUCAAGUACGCGUUUGCCGAGACGACGGCCGACGGCAGCCUGGACCUGAGCAAGUCGGCGCCCGAGGAGCUCCCCAAGUUUGUCGAUGCGGCGCACGCGCACGGCAAAAAGGCCCAGGUCGCGCUGGGCGGCUGGGCGGGCAGCAUCCACUUCAGCAGCAACGUGGGCAGCGCCGAGAACCGCACGGCGUUCGUCAAGACGUGCCUCGACCUGGUGCAAAAGUACAACCUGGACGGCCUCGACUUUGACUGGGAGUACCCCAACAAGCAGGGCCUCGGGUGCAACGCCAUCAGCCCCAACGACACGGCCAACUUCAUCUCGUUCCUGACGGAGCUCCGCAAGGCGCAGCCCAAGCCGCUGCUGUUGACCGCCGCGGUCAGCCUGUACCCUUACAACGACGCCGCGGGCCAGCAGUCGGCCAACGGGGCGCUCAAGCCCAUGGGCGACCUGCUCGACUACAGCAUCAUCAUGGGCUACGACGUGUUUGGCGCCUGGGCCCCGACCGGCGGCCCCAACGCCCCGCUCGAGCAGGCCUGCGACCCCCGCAACAACCAGGGCGGCAUCAAGGAGGGCGUCGCCAAGUGGGUCGCCGCCGGCGUCCCCGCCGAGAAGCUGAUCCUGGGCAUCGGAGCCUACGGCCACGGCUUCACCGUCAGCCAGGCCGACGCCUUUGUGCCCACCACCGACGGCAAGCCCUUCCCCCUGAGCGCCUACCCCAAGAACAACGGCACCCGCCGGCAGGGCAGCAGCUGGGACGACGACCCCGCCGUCGACGCCUGCGGUGCCGCCCAGCCCGCCGGUGGCACCUUUACCUUUUGGAGCAUGGUCACCGAGGGCCAGUUCCUGGACGAGAGCGGCAAGCCGCGCGCUGGUAUUGCCUAUGGAUAUGACGACUGCAGCCAGACGCCCUUUGUCUACAACAACGCCACCAGCUGGUGGGUCUCGUACGACGACAGCAAGUCCCUCGGCGUCAAGGGCAAGUACAUCACCGACAACAAGCUCGCCGGCUUUUCGGUCUGGGAGCUGGGCGGCGACUACAAGAACAUUGUCGUCGAUGCCAUGCGCGGAUCCGUUGGUCUGUAGGCUUGGAAAUGUAGAGGUUUAUUUAGAGUGAAUAUAGAGUUUUCGUUGACUGCCUUG